AUGCUUCAACUAAUUCAGUCAAUACAAGCUCAUACUGACAAAGUAUGGAGCGUAUCUGCACAUCCGACAUUACCACUUUUGGCCACUGCAUCAACUGAUAAAUCAACCAAAGUAUACAAAUUAUCCACUGUACCAAAAUUUCCCCAAAUUGCCAAUUUAGAAGAUACUCAUAGGCGAUCAGUACGAUCAGUAUCAUUUAAACCGCCAAUGGGUGGGGUUGACUAUAAACUGAAUGUGUUAGAUUUACCUGCAUUAGCUAGUGGUUCAUUCGACUCAACAAUAUCUAUAUGGGGUAUCGAUGAACCUGAUGAUAAUUAUGACGUUGAAGAAAUCAUGCAUAAUCAAGCUGAAGUUUUAACAAGUCCGUCUAAUGAAUGGAAUUUAAUGGCAAUUAUAGAAGGUCAUGAAAAUGAGAUUAAAGCAGUUGAUUGGAAUUUCAGUGGUAGAUACCUUGCUUCAUGUUCAAGAGACAAGACGGUUUGGAUAUGGGAAACUGAUCCCGAGACAUUGGAAGAAUUUGAAUGUGUUUCAGUAUUGAACGAUCAUCUGCAAGAUGUAAAGAACGUUACAUGGCAUCCAACUAUGAAUUUAUUAGCUAGUUCAUCAUAUGAUGAUACUAUACGUAUAUAUAAACAAGAAUUUGAUGAUGAUGAUUGGUCAUGUGUUGGGGUCUUGGAUUCACAUGAGGGUACUGUAUGGUGCUCAAAGUUUGAGAACCCCAAAAGUCCCAGUGCCACGGAAGGUAAAAUCAGAUUGGCUUCAGUUAGUGAUGACUUAACAGUUAGGAUAUGGUAUAGUCAAGAUAACAAUAGUUUACAAUCGGAUGGACCUGAUACCAAUUCCAAUUUGCCUUCUUCGAUCAAACACAUUUCAGAAAUGGUCUGGGAACAAGAAUGCAUAUUACCUAAAGUCCAUACAUUGCCAAUUUAUUCUGUUGCUUGGUCGUCAAUCACAGGGAAAAUAGUGACGGCUGGAUCAGAUGGACAAAUGGUAGUGUAUAAUGAAACAAUGAAUGGAAAUUGGGAAAUCGAAAGUAUCCAACAAUCAGCCCAUGGCGUUCAUGAGAUUAACUGUGUAAGUUGGGCUAAGCUAGACAAUAACGAAGAAGUUAUAAUAUCAGCUGGUGACGAUGGAUAUGUCAAUAUAUGGAGAAACUAA